AUGCUGAAAAAAAAUCUGGUCUUCAUGGGGCAGUGCAAGGUGGCGAAAUGUUCAGAAACGCGUCUGGGGAAGUGUUCUAUCGGUCGGAUCGCUGCAAUUAUAUUUGUUUCCUGGAUCACCAAGAUGGGAGAGUUCUUGUCACAAGCGAUCCUGCUUUCUUCGUUCGUGUUUCCAUUUUCUCCAGAAGAGUCACCGUUUGUGUUCAAUCUGGAGAGCGUUGUAAAGAAAUAUGUGGAGGACUACGCAGCUCGACAUGAUACCACCAUUUCUUUCUAUGACAUGUGGGCGAAACACCCCCUAAUGCAGGAGCGCGGGGUGUACAAAAGGUACAAGGUGCGAGUGACGGCGAGUAACUUUGAGUUUGGAGAAGCCAUUGGGGAACACACCUUGCCCACGGAGGUCUUCACCACCACACAUACAAACGAACAGAAGACGGAUGCAAUACACACUGUAACGCAUACCUAUCUAAACACGGAGUCUUCCUCUAUUAAGUUGGAGAGGGGAUUCGAGUCGAAGUACAAGACGAGCGUUCAUGUCGGAGUACCUGGCAUUGUUAGUGCAGGUGGUGGAUUCAGCUUCGAUUACACCCUCAAUAGGACUACAUUGGACACCAAGAGCAAGACUGAAACUUUGAGCAUCGAACUCCAGGUUGCCGUGCCGAGCCAAAAGACGGUGCAAGUCACGUGGUACGUCACCAAUAAGGUCAUGGAUUUUCCUUGGACUGCCACAGUGACUGUAAGAGGAUGGUUUGCCUUCUGGCUCGAUCGCCGAGUAGAUGGUCACCAUCUCUGGUUCGCCCGUGUAUCCGCCUUGGCCUUGAUAGAUAACAACCUGACCGUCGUUGAUAGUCUCACAGUCACCUUUGAGGCCUCAGGCGUCUUCAGGCAGAUCGCCACCCACGACUCCAGGGUCUUCGUAUACGAGUUAAGGAGGUUCGAACGAGCGAAGCCCACAACUACAAGACGACCAAAGCCCUUCAUAACGCCUCCACCCCUAGAGUAA